GCCUUAUAAGUGAAGAUUGCAGUCAGAAAAAAGAUUGUUGUUCAUGCACUGAUCGCCAUCCUAACAGCAUAGAAAUGACUCAAGGCCGCGUCAUUGUUGUUCUCACCUUCUUGAGCAUCAUCUUGGCUCGUUCCGAUUUUUCUGAUGCGAAAAGUCUUCGAACCAACCAUGGAAGAGUAAACUACACAGAGGCAGAUAAAGAAUGCAGAUCAAAAGAUUUUAGAAGUCAUCUUGCAAAAAUUCAAACUAUCGAAGAACUUCAGUUGGCGAAAAAUGUAUCAAAUAAUACAAACGGCAUAAAGUACUGGAUGGGUCUCAACAUAUGGAAUGGUACUUGGAAAUGGAGUGAUGGAAAGGCUGCUGCUGGAAAACUUACGGAUAUUGUGAAAAAUUAUAAUGACACAGAAGCUUUGUCUAUGGAACCAUUGAUUUUCUGUUGUGUAGUAACCCAUGACCCUUUCCUGGAGUGUAUCAAUUGUAGCGAGCAGCACGCCUUUCUAUGUGAAGACUUCCAAGAAAAUAACUACACUCAAGUGAAUUCUAAUGCGAGCUGCAUUCCAGCAUUUCCUCCAGUUACUGCAUCCGCAAAAAACGCUUCCUGUAUAUUCUAUGAGUAUAAAGGCGAAUUUUGCAAGGAUAUAAUCACAAGUUUGUAUGUUUAUGGUAACCAAACGACACUGGAUUUUGGAGAAGUGGAAACUGAGACAUUUAAAACUUAUUUCAAAUGGUUUGACAUCUCAGAAAAAUGCCAGCCUAUAAUCAAAGAUUUAUACUGCCGCUAUCACUUCCGGCCUUGCGACGAAUCCCUCGGCAAGCCUACAGAUCGCAGGAUUUGUCGCAGCUCAUGCGAUUAUUUGAUGGACGAUGUUUGCAAAAAAGAGGCGGAUGUUCUCAAAAUGGCGGUGAGUUCGUCCCCAGAUUUCAACCCAAACAUGAUUAAUUGCUCGUUCUACCAACCGGCUAACGGUGGGGAUGCUCCUGAGUGCUAUGAGUGGCCAGAUAUCCCUGGUGACAACACAAACAGCAUAGAUUGUUACUUUGGAGUCGGUCUUGGUUACCGUGGUAAUGUUAACGUCACCCGGUCUGGUCGUACAUGUCAGUCUUGGAAAUCCCAGUGUCCUCAUCGUCACUGGCGGAUCCCUAAAGAUGUCGCAAAAUCCAAAAAUGACUCGAACCUGUGUCGUAACCCAGACAGCAGUGCCCCAGAUGGACCGUGGUGUUAUACCACUGACCCAAACGUCCGAUGGGAAUAUUGCAACGUAUCUCGUUGUCCUCCAAGAAGUAAAGAAUUACCGCCUCCUCCGAGACGCUUCACAGUAAAGAAUGUGCAGACAAGAUACUUGAUAUUGACUUGGGAUGAGCCAGUAAAUGCCAGCCUUCACCAAAUACAAAGCUUCACCAUAGAGCGAUGGACAUCAAGAUCGGAGAACGUUUCAGUGGCGAAGACAGUUCCUUACCCUGAGUCCAAAAUGAUUAUGAAUGACUUGGAACCCUCUACCGAAUACACUCUUAGAUUAUCAAGCAACAAUAUGUAUGGAAGGUCAGAUGGUGUAUUUUUAACACAGAACACACUGCCAGACAGGUUUAUUGUGAAUUUAAUGCUGAUCAUAGUUUUGCCGCUGGGCUUAGCAUUUAUAUUCAUCGUGAUUGUUUGUUUCAAGUUUGGAUCAAAUUGCAAUUCCAGGCCAAAUAAAGUUUAUGAUGAGACAGAAAUUUCCAUUCGUCGCAACUGGGAGGAGAUUCGCAGAUCAGAUGUUAUCCUUCAACAUAAGCUGGGGGAAGGUGCGUUCGGGGAAGUGUUUAAAGGCGUGGUGUGCAUAAAGGGAAAUGCUAGGGCAUGUGCAGUAAAGAAGCUUAAAGCCAAUACUACAGAAAAAGAGAAGGAAGACUUGCUCAACGAGCUUCAAAUCCUGGUCACAAUUGGUGAACAUCCUAAUAUCAUAAGUCUUAUUGGAGCGUGUACCAAGUCUGAAUCAAUUUUGGUGAUUGUUAGUUUGGCUCCAAAUGGCUGUUUGCUAAGCGAACUGAAGAAGAACAGAGAAAAUCCAUACUACAAUGAUUCUAUAACAUCUGUCGGAUUCACACGCGUCGACAAAUUGAAGAUUGCAAGAGACGUCGCCUGUGGAAUGUCUCACCUAGCAAGUAAAAAGUGUGUUCAUCGUGACCUUGCUGCAAGAAACGUGCUUCUUGGAGACAGGAAUGUUGCGAUGGUUUCCGACUUCGGCUUGUCACGUGAUGUUUACGAAAGUGGCGAAUACGAGACUUUAUCCAGGGGAAUGUUACCAGUUCGUUGGAUGGCCCUUGAGUCUUUGGACUUCUUCACAUUCAACACGAAGACAGACGUGUGGUCGUUUGGAGUGCUUCUAUGGGAGAUCGAGUCAGAAGGUAUAAUGCCAUAUUGCGAACUUGGAGGAGCAAUGGAAAUCAUCGAAUAUCUACAGUCAGGACAAAUUUUAGCGAAACCGGAUGGAUGCCCAAAUGAAAUUUACGAUAUAAUGAAGUCCUGCUGGGAUCUGGAUCCGAUGAAACGUCCAUCAUUUGUAGAUCUUUUGGCGUCACUAGAGAAAGAACUUACUAAAACAAAAGACGAUCUGCUGAAAGAUAAGAGCCUCCUAGUUAAUGAAGCAGGGUGGCGCUUCUGGCGCAAAAACAUUCAGAGUUCACCACCAAAAACGGAAUUACACAGACGCAGACAAAGCAUGAUUGGCGAUUGGAAAUGGAGUGAUAACAAUACGGCUGGUAUACAACUUAUAGACGUUGUGAACAAUUUUAAUCGUACAGAAGCACAGUCUAAGGAACCUAGGAAGUUAUGCUGUAUGUUAAUUCUAAUUGGUUUGUAUAUCUUUAGCUGCGUUCCAGCAUUUCCUCCAGUCGAACCAUCUGCAAGAAACGCUUCUUGUAUAUUUUAUGAGUAUAAAGACACAUUUUGCAAGGACAUAAUCACAAGUCUGUAUGUUUAUGGUAACCAAAGUACAUUGGAUUAUGGUGAAAAGGAAACGAACACCUUUGGUGGCUACUUCAAAUGGUUUGAUAUCUCUCCGAAGUGUAGACCUGUAAUGAGAAAUUUGCACUGUCGCUAUCACUUUCCGGCGUGUGAUGAAACAUUGGACGAGCCUAAAGAUCGCGGGCUAUGUCGCAGCUCAUGCUUGUAUUUGAUGCAAGAUGUUUGUAAGUCAGAGAUGAAGUUUCUCAUUGGAGCAUCAAAGGAGGCUCCAGUGUUCGACCAGAAAUUGAUAAAUUGCUCACUAUAUAAGCCGGCUAAUGGUGGAGAUGCUCCUGAGUGCUAUGGGUGGCCAGAUAUCCCUGGUGAUGACACAAAAACCACAGAUUGUUACUAUGGAGUGGGUGUUGGUUACCGUGGAAAUGUGAACGUCACCCGAUCUGGUCGUACAUGUCAGUCUUGGAAAUCCCAGUGUCCUCAUCGUCACUGGCGGAUCCCUAAAGACGUCGCCAAAUCCAAAAAUGACUCGAACCUGUGUCGUAACCCGGAUAGCAGUGCCCCAGAUGGACCGUGGUGUUAUACCACAGACCCAAACGUCCGAUGGGAAUAUUGCAACGUAUCUCGUUGUCCUCCAAGAGAAUUACCGCCACCUCCGAGACGCUUCACAGUAGAGAAUGUUCAGACAAGAUAUUUUAUUUUGAGUUGGAAUAAGCCAGAAAAUGCCAGCCUUUACCAAAUACAAAACUACGCUGUAGAAAGGAGGACAUCAAGAUCGGAAAACUUUAUAUUAGUGAAGACAGUUCCGUACCCUGAUACCCAAAUGAUUUUGGAGAACUUAGAUCCCUCCACAGAAUACACCAUCAGAUUAUCAAGCAACAAUAUGUAUGGAAGGUCAGAGGGUGUAUUAGUAACACAGAGGACACUACCUGACAGAUUUAUUAGGAAAUUGAUGCUGCAAAUAGUAUUGCCACUGAGCUUAGCAUCUUUAUUUGUUGUGGUCGUUUGCAUCAAGUAUGGACCUAUUAGAAAUUCAAAGCGUGGCAAAGUGUAUUCUGAGAAUCAGACACCGCUCUCCACUCUUUGCCACUGGGUUGAGAUUCCCAGAACAAAUGUUACACUACAAGAGAAGUUGGGGGAAGGUGCCUUCGGAGAAGUGUACAAAGGAGUGGUGUGCAUGGGCGGACAAGUCAGGGCAUGCGCAAUAAAGACUGUUAAAGAGAAUGCCAGAGAAAGGGAAAGGAAAGACUUAAUAAACGAGCUUCAAAUCAUGGUCACAGUUGGUGAUCAUCCCAAUGUCGUAAGCCUUAUUGGAGCUUGCACAAAGUCUGGGUCAAUUUUAGUGAUUGUUCGUCUGGCUCCGAAUGGCUGCUUGUUGGACCAACUGAAGAACAGAGAGAAUCCAUACGAAGAUGAUACGGAAAGACAAGUCGGUUUCACACGCGUCGACAAAGUGAGGAUUGCAAGAGACGUGGCCUGUGGAAUGUCUCACCUCGCCAGCAAAAAGUGUGUUCAUCGAGACCUCGCGGCAAGAAACGUGCUUCUUGGCGACAGGAAUGUCGCCAUGGUUUCUGAUUUCGGCAUGUCACGUGAUGUGUACGAGAGUGGUGAAUACGAAACUCUUUGCCGGGAAAUGUUACCAGUUCGUUGGAUGGCUCUUGAGUCUUUGGAGGAUUUUGUGUACAAUACAAAGACAGACGUGUGGUCGUUUGGAGUUUUAUUAUGGGAGAUCGAAUCUAGAGGUAAAAUGCCGUAUACCGGUCUUAUAGCCAGGGAAAUUGUCGAAUUCUUGAGGAAAGGAAAAAAAUUAUCAAAGCCGGAAGGAUGCCCGAAUGAAAUUUAUGAUUUGAUGAGGUCUUGCUGGAAUCUGGAUCCGGCUGAACGUCCUUCAUUUGCACAUCUUUUAACGCGUCUUGAGGAAGAACUUACUAAAAACAAAGAGGAUGUCCAGGAGGAUAUUUGAACCGUAGUUCAAGGGUAGUCUGCAUUUCACGCAGACUAUUUACAACUACUAGGCUUAUCCCUUUGAGGAUACACUGAAGGAAUAAUUUUAAAACUAAUUAGUCCGCGUUUUCAUAAACAUUGUCAUGAAACAUUGUAUUUGUGAAUACUGUGUUUGGUAUUUCACGCAAAAUUAUUUGCAUAGUUUCGUGAAAGUAUACGCCUCCAUUGCGUAAACGUUAUAUGAAAAGGUCGCCAAAAGAUAUUGUAACGAGCAGAGGGAGAGAUCAGAGCCACGAUUGUUUAAAGAAGUGACGUUUGAACUGUAAUUAACCGGGAACUGAAGGACUGAUAGAUACAAAUUGUAAGUAUUAUCGUUUUGCGCCCUCGCGUUCGCAAACGUAUGCUACUGUAACUUUUUUUCUUAUCAUUUUUAUAAUUUCAGUUGACUGUGUACAUAUAGAUAUAUGUUCGAUCAGAUCGGAUAGAGUGCAAUAAAAUUCUUGAAUCCUUGA